UUAUAGAAUUUUAAUAUAUUAUAGAUAGUAAUCUUAAAUUUACAAUUACUCAACAAUAUGUCCUCAAGUUAUGAUAGAGCAAUUACCAUUUUUUCACCUGAUGGACACUUAUUUCAAGUUGAGUAUGCACAGGAGGCAGUGAAGAAAGGAUCAACAGCGGUCGGUGUACGAGGCUCAAAUAUCGUUGUUUUAGGUGUAGAAAGAAAGUCUGUGGCAAAGUUGCAAGAGGCGAGAACUGUUCGUAAAAUAUGUGCUUUAGAUGAUCAUGUUUUUCUAGGAUUUGCAGGGCUUACAGCUGAUGCUCGUAUCCUUAUAAAUGCAGCUCGUGUUGAAUGUCAGAGUCACAAACUAAACGUGGAAGACCCAGUGUCGCUAGAAUACAUCACAAGAUAUAUCGCCAGCUUAAAACAGCGUUACACACAAAGUAAUGGUAUGCGACCAUUUGGUAUAUCAAUGUUAAUUGUUGGUUUUGACGAUGAUGGCACUGCCCAUCUUUAUCAAACUGAUCCAUCAGGAACUUAUCAUGAGUGGAAGGCUAAUGCAAUUGGAAGAAGCUCGAAAACUGUUCAAGAAUAUUUGGAAAAGAAUUUCUCCGAUAGUGAAAUAGAAUCAGAUGAUUAUGUUAUCAAGCUAGCACUGAAAGCACUGUUAGAGGUUGUUCAAACCGGUAGUAAGAAUGUUGAAAUGGCUGUCAUGCGUAAAGGCGAAGGAAUGAGAUUACUCGAAACUGCAGAAGUAGAGGAAUAUGUGAAACAAAUUGAGAAAGAAAAAGAAGAUGAAGCAGAGAAGAAGAAAGCAAAAAAGCUUGCAACUAAACAAGAAGCAACAAAGUAGAGAACAUUUAAUGUUGUUUUUGCAACAAAUAAAUAUAGGACUUUAUAAUGCUGGAAAUCUCGUGAUAUUUAAAUACAAUACUUGUUCUUAAAAAGAUUGUAUAUAAUUGUCUUGGAUAGAUCUUUGUGCUUGGUA